AUGGCUGCAAAGCACUCCGAGGGCUUGGAGAACAGUCACGCUGUGGAAGAUUCGAAGGCUGCAAAGAGCUCUGAUGCCUUGGAAGACACAACCGCUGCGAAGAACUCCGGUAGCUUGGAAAACAAACAUGUCCCCACUGCGGCUGAAGCUACUAAGGGUGAAGAAAGUGCAACGAAAGCAUUAGACAAAAAACCUCCAGGGAUGAUGGCCAAAGUUUGGAAUUUCAUCGCCGCUCCCUUCCGCUCGAUCGAUAGAGUCUACACCGCGUUCAGAGUAGCUCGGGCUGAAAAAGUCGUGUACGGAUCCAGUAAGUCUGAUCGGCUGGCUGCUCAUGUCCUGGAAAGGUUCGAGGCACAGGGCCCUGGUUUCUGGAGUAGAAUGAAGACCAAAUUCCCCGGCUCCUCUAACAAAGUAAAAACAAUCGAUGCCGAAGCUGAUCACGCCAAGCCAGUCGACGCAGCGGAUGCUACUCAUAAUACAGCCGUAUAGGUUGCUAAUUAUGGUAGGUACAAAUUUUGCCUGGGUGUCGCAGAAAAAUCCCUAAAUCAAGGAGAUUUAUAGUAAAUGGUAAUAGACACUUUAUCGCUC